UUCCCUCCUAGUUCUGGUGGCUCUGGUGGCUCUGAUGGUCCUGGUGGGCCUGGUGGCCCUGGUGCUGGCCCUGGUACUGCCAACUCCCCUCUGGAAACCAAUGUUCCAACCAUGGAAAGUUCUGCACUGCUUGGCACCGAGAUGCCCACUGUUACUCCUCCAGGUUGCAAUGGCACACCACAUGAGACUCUUUGGAACCUGACCACCCCAACUGAUGCAGGCUGGAGUGAUGGAGACACCUUUUGUGAGGACCUACUUGGGGUCGCUUGCUUUGAAGGAGAUGGGUUCCAAACCUUCAAUAGCUUCCAGGGAUUGACGUCUCAAUGGUUCCAAGCGGAAGCGACCAGUGGUUCUCGCUGCCUCAGCGAUAUCACGCAUCGUGUAACCUUGGAAGUGCCGGAAGAGGUCAACUAUGACUUGAAGGUGUAUAAAGGAACGCAGGAGAACUUGUAUGAUUCCUCAACUCAUGCUGGAGGAAUGGUGGAUGAUGUUACCAUUUCUUCGAGGAAUGUUGGAUAUUCCUACUUUGUGCUUGUUGAAUUCGUAGGAGGGACAUCCUGUCAACCAUGGACUCUUACAUUCGAGCACUUCUCGUGCUAA